GUCAUCUGGUAUAUUCACAUGACCUUCUGUUUGGUCCCGUGACUUAGAAGAACUCUCGUCCAUUAACUUUUUUCGCUUUUCUGUCACAUGGAUAUGCUGGAUCAUAGUUUGAAUACCAGGUCAUUAAACAGCACAUUUGAUUCUACUUAUUGAUGAUUUUGCAGACCCUAAUCACCAUCUUUGUCCUGUAUUCUGAAGACAACAGGACAUAAGUUUGAGAUCUGGAAAAGACAGACAGGCUAGGCUUCAGUUAAUACAGUUGCAUUUUUCUAACAUAGUGAUUGGCUUUUUGAAUGAGUUGCUAUCAGGAGUAUUGGAGCUGUUACUUUAAAAGAAUUGAAGAGAGGUCAUGAUGUCUUGAAAAAUAAAGGGUUGUCAAGAUGGUUCAGAGAAAUCAGCUGAGUCAGGAACAACAGAUGAAAUUCAUCACAUUCAGGAUGAUGGAACUGUUGGUGUGAUGGAAGGAGUAGAAAAUGGUACAGGACUAAACCUUAGCCCACAGAGUGGUAGUUUGAUGGAUCCAAAUGUUCAGUAUCAGCUUCAUGCUGAGAAUGGACAUGUGACAUAUCGAGUGGUUCGAGUAGCUCCAUCUUCAGAAGUAAAACCUGAGGUGGCUCCUCAUGUAGUGACUACAGCUGCUCUGGUUGGACAACAGGUGGCUCAAGCAAUCAUUACCAAUCCUUAUGCAACAGCUAAUGGUGCUGGUAAUCCUGGAGAAGAAGGCCAGUUUUAUGUUAUGAUGUCUCCACAAGAGGUUUAUCAACCAGGACAACGUUCACUUGCACCUCGAACAGAACAGUUCGCUACUAAAUUGGAGAAGCCAAGAGCGGGAAGAGAUGAAAAACGACGGUCAACACAUAAUGAAGUGGAAAGGAGGCGACGUGACAAAAUUAACAACUGGAUAGUCAAAUUGUCAACCAUUGUUCCUGAUUGUACUUCAGAUCACACAAAACAAAGUCAACAAAGUAAGGGAGGUAUCCUUGCUAAGGCUUGUGAGUACAUUCAGGAAUUGAGAAAUGCUAAUGCAAAAUUGCCAGAUAUUCUUAAAGAAAAUGAAAGGCUGACUUUGGAUGUAGAGUUACUCCAGCAACAAUAUGAAGAGUUGAAAAAUGAAAACCGUAUGUUAAGAGCUCAUCUUCAACAGCACGGAAUUAAUGUGGCUGAUCGGAUAAGGACCCACUCGUCAUAAUAAAAUCAAUCGUUUUGAUAACUUGUAACGAACGUUCCAGAAAAUGAAGUUGAGACAGCUAUAUCCAGAGUGCUGGCGACAGUUAAUGGUACAGCAUUUUAUUUUAUUUUUCGAAUGGGACCACUAUUAAGCAGCAUGGCCAUCCUGUGUAGAAAUGUUAUUAUUUGGACACAUUCCAUUAUUGUGGUCAGUAAUUCUUUUACCCUGGACUGGUGUUAAAGAAAUUGUAUUCACUCAAAUGUAGGAUUAUUUUAUUUUAGUUAAGAUUUUAAUCUCCCUAUUAGUGUUGUAAAAAUUUAACACAAAGAAUGGUUUGAUUUCUACCAAUUUACCAUAAUUUUGUUUCACCUUAUGGUGUAUAAUAUUUGUUGAAGUUUUGCAGUUAUUGACUAUUGUGAAUAUUCAUUUAGCUAAGACUUGCAAUACAGAUUUGGAUAUAUUUUAUGUUCUAGUGUUAUUUGUUUCAACUGAGUGUUCUGAAAUUAGCUCUUGGUAUCAGAAAGUAAAAGUUUUUAUUUGUGUUUAUCUGUUAAAGUAAUUAUUGUGUUUUUCAGUUUUAUAAUAGUACAUGUUUUGAAUUGUGUGGAUAAAGCAUUUUUAUGCUGAUACUUUGCUCAUACACAGAUUUCUCGUACAUUAUCAUAAGUUCAUAAUUUCUUCAUACAUAGACCUUUAAUGUAGAAUCUUACUCAUAUUGCCAGUAUUUCAGAACACCUUGAAUUUGUCUAAAAAUGUUAUUGCAUUACAAUGCGUAAAAUGUUUUCCAGCAUAUGUAUUAUUCAAGUAUUCCAGUUAAGCCUUUCAGGAUUCUUAUUUAAAGCUUAUUGAUUGAUUCCAUUGUAAGUUAACUGAAGAAACAAUUUAAGUAUAAACAUUUUAUUGAGAAAUUGAGAGAAUUUACAAGUUUUGUUUGUUAUUUUACUAAGUUUCUAAAAUUAAUUGCCAUUUUGUACAAUAGUUGUUUAAAAACCUUUGGUGAUAAGAACUACCUAUAAGUUACUUAUGUAUUGUCAUUCAGUUUGUAAAUGAAAAAUCAUGUUGGUCUUUUACUGAAAAUUUUAGACAAUUCAACAGGUUGUACUUUCCUUUAAACACAUGUUUUUGUUAUAACAGUUUAUCAUGUUUUAUAAAAGUCUGAAGGGUUACAAAGUUAAAUUGUAAACAAACUAGUUAUAAUAUUCUUAUUACUAUUAAAUUUUUCAACAAAGUAUACUACGUACGUAAAUGAAGAAUGGCAAGAUCAGUGAUCAAAGGUCACUACCAGGUACACUGAAGUAAUGUCUCAUUGAAAUCCAUUGAAUUUUUUAAUACCAGUUGCAAACCAAUUUUGUCAUCAGAAACAUAAUGGCAUAUGGUCGUGUUGUAUACAAAAAAAAAGUUUUUAUAUAUAUCAAUAAUAUGAUUAUAAGUAUUUUUGCAUAUUUGAUCCAUAACUAUAAGAUAUUUCCAUGUAGGUUGUGAUUCUCUUUGAAUGUUUUUACUUAUUAUGGUAUUAUUUCUAAACACAAAAGGACUACUACUACUAAAAAAAGGCAUAAAAAUGCAGUGAUGUUUUAAUUCACCAUAAUGUCAAAUCCAGGCUAAUUUUUAAAAGAAAAUAAUUUUCAUACAAUACAUCAUGACAUGUCAAAAUAUUUAAUCGAUACAAGUUAAGAAGGGGUUGAAAUAUAAGGUCAAAACUAUGUGAACGUAUUAGGUUUAGUACUGGGAACAUGAAAGGUGAAUUUAGACUAUAAAAGAAAAGUUUUCAUGUAUAUAUCUUUGUUUCCAUUAUUCAUGAAAUUGAUUUCAUCUGGAGACACCUUUAGAUCCACAUAUGUCACUCUGAAUGACCAUUUUAUUAUUGAACUUUGUAUAUUUUUUAAUUAUUCUUUUUUAUAUUAAUAAGUUAUUUAUACUUGGGUAUAAGUUUUUAUAUAUAUUGGCAUAAACAAUGUUAGAAGGUAGAUUUAUUUUAUGUAUAAUUGAGAAAACUUAAAAAAAAAAAUAAUGAGAAAAAUGACCGAGACAAACACAAUAAUAUAAUCAUCAUUCAGAGUGACACUAUGGUACAAUAGUUAAUCAUCAUUCAGAGUGACUCUAUGGUGCAAUAGUUAAUCAUCAUUCAGAGUGACUCUAUGGUACUAUAGUUAACCAUCAUUCAGAGUCACUCUAUGGUACAAUAGUUAUCUCCAAAUGAAUUUAAUUCAUGCAUUAUUGUAGAAUAUGUAACAAGAAUAAAACAAAGUCAUACAUAUGAACUUCUUAAAUACUCCAAACUCACCUCUUAUGUUCACAUAAUUUUUUGUGUUGCCUCAUUAUGCUCAUGUUUCUUGUAAAAAAAUAUUUUUUUUCUAUUCUGAUACUGACUUUUCAUCACAUUUCUUGCCCUUUCUUCUGUAACAUUGUUAUUUAAAAUGGUUGAGAUUUAUUGCCCGAAGAAAUAAAUAUUAAAUAUUAUCAGUGUUAUAUCAGAAAAAGUGUAAUAUAAAUACUGCGUAUACUUGCUUCAAUAUAAUUCCAAUAACUGAAAGUUCAAGUGAGGUGUUAUUGGCUAUCCAUAAUUUAAAUUGAAGAAAUGAAUAUCAAGUUAUUUUUUCAGUAAAACUUUAUGUUUUAUCUGUUAUUUUCUUGUCCUUAAUUGAUUCAAUUUUAUAACAUGCAUCUGAAAUGUGCUUGAAUAUAAAAACUGAAAUUAAAAAUAAUUUCAAACUUGAUAAGAAAGAAACUUAAGAUAUUAAAUUUUAUAAAUACAGGCAUCAUUCUACAAGCAUAAUAUUCCUGUUGCUCUAAAACCAAUUUUCAUCAACAUCAUAGUU